AUGUCACGAUUUCCGCAUGUCUGCGGUCUUUGCUUGCUGCUCAAAUAUUGGCAGAUUUUGGCCUUGGCCCCGUUUCGGACUUCCGGGCCAAUGGUCGCCAGGUGCCAGCGAUGGGUGACCUUGAUUGCGGUCUUCAGAUGGCUACUACUCACAUCAAUGGCGCCCUUUGUUCUGUGGAAAAGUGCUGCCAUGUAUGAGGCAACUAAUGUGCGGCACUCGAUGGUCUUUAAGACAAUCGCUUUGGCCACCAUGACGGGUGAUGUCUGCAUUUCACUAGCUCUGUUGGGAAACCACCUUUGGAAUCGCCGGGAGUUGGCCAAUUUGGUAAAUGACUUGGCCAGAUUGCAUCGUCGCAAAAGACUGAGCUGGUGGUCCACUUUGUUCCUCUGGCUGAAGUUGCUACUCUCCCUCUACGACCUGCUAUGUAGUGUGCCAUUCCUCAAAGGAGCAGGCGGUCGUCUGCCGUGGUCUCAGCUCGUGGCCUAUGGAGUCCAACUCUACUUUCAGCACGUGGCCAGUGUCUAUGGAAACGGAAUAUUCGGUGGAAUACUUUUAAUGCUAGAGUGCUACAACCAAUUGGAGCGCGAGGAACCCAACCUGGCUAGACUCUUGCAAAAGGAAGGCAGCUGGCUGAGACUGACCCGCAGAUUCGUGAAGGUCUUUCAGCUGGGCAUCUUUCUGCUGGUCUUUGGCAGCUUCGUUAAUAUAAUGGUCAAUAUAUACGCAUUUAUGUCCUACUAUGUAUCGCUGCACGGAGUUCCCCUUACCAUAUCCAAUAACUGCCUAGUCCUGGCAAUCCAACUAUAUGCAGUCAUUUUGGCUGCUCAUCUUUGCCAGGUGAGGUCGGCUAAAUUGAGAAAAAAAUGCUCGCAACUGGAAUAUGUGCCCGAAGGAUUGACACAGGAGCAGGCCAUGGCUUCGACUCCAUUUCCUUUGCUCACGCCCACUGGCAAUGUCAAGUUUCGUAUUUUGGGCAUUUUCGUUCUGGACAACUCGUUUUGGCUUUUCUUGGUCUCGUAUGCGAUGAACUUCAUAGUGGUUAUCCUGCAGACUAGCUUUGAGCAUAUAAAUCAUGGUGAAAUCUAA